UUAUUAUUAUUAUUAUUAUUAUUAUUUAGUCAUUUAGCAGACGCUUUUAUCCAAAGCGACUUACAGAGACUAGGAGGGUGAACUCUGCAUCAUCAACAACUGCUGCUGCGCUUUAGAUCCCAGAAUCGUUUUUGGACUUCUUUGUUCGACGUUUUUGUAUUGUUAUAUCCUGUAUUUUAAAUUUAGCAGUGUUUGGACCUUUUUGCCGAAACUCAGCUUGAUGUGUUAAAAUCUCAUCGUGCAAAAGCUCAGCUUGGGUGGCUAAGAAUUGAGUUUUCCUUUCUUGUUUUAAUCCCAUUGUUGCAUGAGCGCUGCCUCGCUGUAUUCCAGUUAAAUGGAAGACCACACUAUUGAAAUGUGGCUAACUGACUUGUAAAAGACUGGAAAAUCAGAUGCAUUCGGACCUCUGUUUUCUAACUAAAAAUAAACCAUCUGAAAAUCAGGCUGUAAAUAUUUUGGUAUCCCUGAAUAGAAAAUCGUCUCCUCUUUAAAAAUAUGCACUAUAUUUAUUACAUAAAUAUAUAUGUAGACAAAUCCAUCUAUCUAUCUAUCUAUCUAUCUAUCUAUCUAUCUAUCUAUCUAUCUGUUUAUGUCCCAAAAGGACACAGCAGCAGUAACGCGUUAGAUCAGAGGUCUCAGCCCUGGCCCUAGAGACCCGAUCCUGCACGUUUUCUAGGUGUCGUUACAUCAUCAAUUUCUAAAGAGCUGGAACACCUGUUAAUCUGAACUAAUUAAGACAAUAAUUGGUUCAAUUAAACACGCUUAUUCCGGUUUUCAACUAACCUGAUUAAAAAAAAAAACUUAUUACCCCAAAUAAUUAACCCAAAUUAAAGAAGGGACCAGAGCGCGCUGUCUUCUGUUCUGAAAUAAGUACUGUACUUCAGGCUGGAGCGUGUAAGCCAAUCAGAGCGCUGCUGGGGACAGCCUCAUUUCAAACGCGUUUUAACAGGUCUGAACCACGUGCUUCUCGAUAGGAAGCUGUUACUGAACACCACAGGGCUUUGAGUUGGCACGAAUCAGAUGAUCUCGCUGCUGUAGCAAAUUCUUAAUCUAACUACCCACUUUCCUUUUAUUUUUUUUUUAGACUCCUAUAAAUAAAAUGUUGACUCAUGUUUUCAGCAUUGAUGAUGUGAUAAUGAUUAUUAUUUGUUUAUUAGGCAGACGCCUUUAUCCAAGGCGACUAGGGUGUGUGAACUAUCUAUCAGCUGCAGAGUCACUUACAGCUACGUCUCACCCGAAAGACGGAGCACAAGGAGGUGAAGUGACUUGCUCAGGGUCACACAAUGAGUCAGUGGCUGAGGUGGGAUUUGAACCGGGGACCUCCUGGUUACAAGCCUGUUUCUUUAACCACUGGACCACACAACCACAGCGUUUGAUUUUUUGUGACAUCAUUUUGUAGUUUCUUUGAUUACACGAUGUUAAAUAAAAGAUCUAGAAGAAUGUAGAAGAAAAAAGAGGAAUGGAUUGGAGGUUUUUAGAAAGAUCAGGCCAGUCCAAAUGGAGAUUUCAAACACAGCAGAGCGAGAGAGAGAGAGAGAGAGAGAGAGAGAGAGAGAGAGAGAGAGAGAGAGAGAGAGAGAGAGCGAGAGAGAGAGCGAGAGAGAGAGAGAGAGAGAGAGAGAGAAAAGGACUAGAGGGCAUGAAUGGCAGUUGAGAGACGAUGAACAGUGGUAUUCACAUGAAGGGGAGGAUGCCUGCCUUCCUUUCUCAUCAAGAGAAUGUAUUAAUGCUGCUUUGCAGGAGCAGGGUUGGUGCAGUCAGAAAAAACACAGGUCUCCUCUCGUAGAAGGUGAAAAAAACCCCAAUAAAAAACCAACAACCAAUCGAGAGCCUGUCUCCGCGACAACCACAAUGGUGAUGUCACAAUACCACCAGCAACAGAACAGGUCAGUGUGGGGGUGGAGCUACUACAGCUGUCACGUCCUGUGGCUCCACCUCCUGUGUCUGGUGGGGGCGUGGUCAGGGCAAGCUUCUCCGGUGAAUCAGGCGGCCCAACCGCACUCCAUCAAAAUCGAGGGGGAUAUCACUCUGGGGGGGCUGUUCCCCGUGCACGCCAAGGGACCGGCCGGGGUGCCCUGCGGGGAGGUGAAGAAGGAGAAGGGGAUCCAUCGCAUGGAGGCCAUGCUCUACGCUCUGGAUCAGAUCAACAGCGACCCCGAGCUGCUGCCCAACAUCACGCUGGGGGCGCGAAUCCUGGACACCUGCUCCCGGGACACCUACGCACUGGAGCAGUCCCUCACCUUCGUCCAAGCCCUCAUCCAGAAAGACACGUCCGACGUGCGCUGCUCCAACGGGGAGCCUCCCCUCAUCCGGAAGCCCGACAGGGUCGUGGGGGUCAUCGGGGCUUCGGCCAGCUCCGUGUCCAUCAUGGUGGCCAACGUGCUGCGGCUCUUUGCGAUCCCUCAGAUCAGCUACGCCUCGACCGCGCCGGAGCUCAGCGAUAAUAACCGCUACGACUUCUUCUCGCGGGUGGUGCCCCCAGAUUCGUACCAGGCGCAGGCGAUGGUGGACAUCGUCAAGGCGAUGGGAUGGAACUACGUGUCCACACUGGCGUCGGAAGGGAACUACGGCGAGAGUGGAGUGGAUGCCUUCGUGCAGGUCUCGAGGGAGGCAGGCGGGCUCUGCAUCGCUCAGUCCCUGAAGAUCCCUCGGGAACCCAAACCAGGCGAGUUUGACAAAAUCAUCAAGAGGCUGAUGGAGACGUCUAAUGCUCGCGGGAUCAUCAUCUUCGCAAACGAGGAUGACAUCAGGCGCGUCCUGGAUGCAGCGAAGAAAGCCAACCUGACGGGUCACUUCCUGUUCGUGGGGUCGGACAGCUGGGGUGCUAAGAUUUCUCCGAUCCUUGACCAGGAGGAUGUAGCUGAAGGAGCGGUCACUAUACUGCCCAAGAGAGCCUCCAUCGAGGGGUUUGAUCAGUACUUCACCUCGCGCUCCCUGGAGAAUAACCGCAGGAACAUCUGGUUCGCCGAGUUCUGGGAGGACGACUUCAAAUGCAAACUGACGAGACCCGGGAUCAAACUGGAAGACGGCAAGAAGAAAUGCACGGGGGAAGAGCGGAUCAGUCGAGACUCCCCGUACGAGCAGGAGGGGAAGGUGCAGUUUGUGAUCGACGCGGUGUACGCCAUGGCCCACGCCCUGCACAACAUGCACCUGGACCUGUGCCCCGGUGCCACAGGCAUCUGCGAGAAGAUGGACCCGGUGGAGGGGCGGCAGCUGCUCAGCUACAUCCGUGCCGUCACCUUUAACGGCAGCUCUGGGACUGCAGUCAUGUUCAAUGAAAACGGAGAUGCUCCAGGACGAUAUGACAUCUUCCAGUACCAGUUCUCCAACACGUCCGCACCCGGCUACAGAGUCAUCGGACAGUGGACCAACCACCUGCGGCUGAACGUGGAGGAGAUGCAGUGGUCGGGUGGCGGGCAGGCCAUCCCGGACUCCGUGUGCAGCUUGCCUUGCAAACUGGGGGAGCGCAAGAAGAUGGUGAAGGGGGUGGCGUGCUGCUGGCACUGCGAGCUGUGUGACGGGUACCGCUACCAGGCGGACGAAUUCACCUGCGAGACCUGCCCCUUCGACAUGCGCCCGGCCGCGAACCGCACAGCCUGCCUCCCCACGCCCAUCAUCAAGCUGGAGUGGCACUCGCCCUGGGCCCUGCUGCCCAUGUUCCUGGCCAUCCUGGGCAUCCUGGCCACCUCGUUGGUCAUCGGCACCUUCGUGAGGUUCAACGACACGCCCAUCGUGCGAGCGUCCGGCCGUGAGCUCAGCUACGUGCUGCUCGCCGGCAUCUUCCUGAUCUACGGCAUCACUUUCCUGAUGAUCGCUGAGCCGGGGGACGUGGUGUGCGCGUUCCGCAGGCUCUUCCUGGGUUUGGGGAUGUGCAUCAGCUACGCGGCUCUGCUCACCAAGACCAACCGCAUCUACAGGAUCUUCGAGCAGGGCAAGAAAGCCGUCACCCCGCCCAGGUUUAUCAGCCCCGCCUCCCAGCUGGGCAUCACUUUCAGCCUGAUCUCCUUGCAGGUUUUGGGGGUGUUCAUCUGGUUCGGGGUGAUCCCCCCUCACACCACCAUCGACUACGAGGAGCAGCGGCCCCCGAACCCGGAGCUGGCCCGCGGGAUCCUGAAAUGCGACAUGUCCGACCUAUCUCUGAUCUGCUGCCUGAGCUACAGCAUACUGCUGAUGGUUACGUGUACCGUCUACGCGGUGAAGAGCCGAGGGGUACCGGAGACCUUCAACGAAGCCAAGCCCAUCGGCUUCACCAUGUACACCACCUGCAUCAUUUGGCUUGCAUUCGUGCCCAUAUUUUUUGGGACAGCGCAAUCCACCGAGAAGAUGUACAUCCAGACCACCACGCUGACCAUCUCCAUGAGCCUGAGUGCCUCCGUGUCCCUGGGGAUGCUGUACGUGCCGAAGGUCUAUGUGAUCCUCUUCCACCCGGAGCAGAACGUGCCCAAGCGCAAGCGCAGCUUCAAGGCCGUGGCGCAGGUGGCCACCAUGUCAAUGAGACUCUCUCAGAAGGCCAGCGAGAAGCAGAACGGGGAGGCCCAGCCCGAGGAGAGCCGGGACAGUAAGUAGCAUCGCAAGAGCUCCCAAGAUGGCUUAUAUCAACUACAGCAACCCUGAUAUCUAGCGACAGCGGUGAGAGAGAUCGAGAAGGGUUUCAAACACACAGCAAAACAAUGCAGCCCAGCAAAGCACAGACAACAGCACAGCACGACUCUGUAUGAAGUGUAUUCUAAAGCAAAUGCUGCUGAAGAAAUAAACAGAAGCAGGACUGAGAUGAGAUAAUAUCCUGAGGUCUGGAUAUCACACCAAACCAGACACGGAAAGAAAUGCUUUAAGAUUUGAAGAAAGUUGGCAUUUUUUUUUUUUUUUAUAAACAUCCGAUAAACUUGUGUUGGAUCAGCAAAUCAGAAAAGUCGAAAUACGCACUUCAAUUUAAAUUAAAUGCGUAAAAAUACGCAUAACACAGCUUGACUGCGUCCCCUUAAACCUCCACUAACAACUACAUCUCCCAGAAUGCAAUGUUUUCAGUUACUAGGAAACUACGCAAGAAAAACCAACGCAACAGACGACAGCUGGAUGCUAUAUUAUUAAACAAACUGUUUUAUAAGUUAUUAAUGCAUUUCCUUAUUUUAUUUAUCUGUACGGCUUUAUAUGGAAGUUUUAAGAAUUUAAUGUUAAAAUUUAAGUAAGGUAAUUCAUUUGCAGAAUCAGUGUGAUACCUUGAAAACAAUGCGCUGAAGAACAGAACGCACACAAGGGUUUGUACAGCAGUUCAGAGUAACCUUACAUGCCUUUACCAUUAAAGAUUGUACAUGGAGAUUACUCAUGAUUUCAAGGGAAUGUUGCAUUUCACCCCCUGAAAAUACAUUUGAACUCAAAUUAGAGGGUCAUGUUACUCCCAGACCCAAAACCUUACCUGGAGAGACACUUUACAACAAUGAUAUAAAAAAUAAUUACCUUUAAAAUAAUAAUUAAGUGUUUUCCAUCCUGAAUCCCCGAUAGCUCAUCACACCAUGUAUGUAGAAUGAACUCAUACUGCUUCAUAAAGUCGAAUGAAACCUGCUGAAUAAUGCAACACUGACAUAUUGAACUACAUACCACUUAAGAAAAAACUGACAAAAGACAUUUAAAAAUCUAACAUGCUACUAUUAUGGCUGCCGGUAGACUUUUGGCGAUAUCAUUUUGUAGUUUCUAGUAACAUGAUGUUAAUUAAAAUAUCUUAAUUCUGUAUCUCUGUCCUAAAAUUCGAGGUGAUGCAAAGCUUUUGGCCAUAGCCAUGUACAGUGAUGAGGAACUUAAGUGUACAGAUUUCUGCAUGUUUUUUUCUGUAUUUGAUGUAUGGUAGAAAGAGAUGGCUUGAGUGAAAAAAUUCAUUACAUGGGCUAAUGAUGUAAUACUAAUUAAUAGAACUACGUUUACUGUACUUGCGGAAAAGGAAAAAUGACUGUGGAAUGUGAUGAUCUGAAUCCAAUUAAUUUGUUUGCCGUAAAAUAUGCUAGACUGCCCUUUCAAGAAAUCCUACCACAUUACUGUUUAAUAACUAAUGCUGUGUUUCCAUCUGCACCUUGAAACCAGUCUGUAAAACAGUCUAGUUCCCAGUAUCAAACUGGGGAGGUUCCAUCUGCAAUCCAUAAUUAUUAUGUGUUUAUUUAGCAGACGCCUUUAUCCAAGGCGACUUACAGAGUCUAGGGUGUGUGAACUAUGCAUCAGCUGCAGAGUCACUUACAACUACGUCUCACCUGAAAGACGGAGCACAAGGAGGUUAAGUGACUUGCUCAGGGUCACACAGUGAGACAGUGAGGUGGGAUUUGAACCGGGGACCUCCUGGUUACAAGCCCUUUUCUUUAACCACUGGACCACACAGCCUCCUGACAUUAUACAAUAGUCUCACUCAAUCACAUUUAGAAAGCAGUUUUUAGCCACAAAGCAUAAUUACAAUGACACUAAAAGGUAACAUUAAGCACUGCCAAUUAUAAUUAAAAUUGACUCAGGUCUGAUCCAGGUAGCAGAUGGAAACAAGGUAUUCUGAGCAUGACGUAUGCCUUUCGUAGUAAAGGCUUUUAGCAACUUUGCAUUAUCAAAUAAUUGGCUUUAUUUAUAGGCUAUAGGGAAGAAAUUUAUACUGGGAAUUCACAAACCCCCAAAUAAAUUGACUUCAACCAG